GACAUGUAUUACAACAAAAACAUUGGGCUUCGUGAUGAUUGGUACACAGAUGCUGCGUUUGGUCAGCAGCACUUUACGGGAACGAAUACCACCACCAUCACCCUUGCACCCUCGCGUUUGAUUGAUGAAUUCAAGACCGUCGCGCAUACUCAGGAACGAGCUGAUGUUGAGAAACUCUUGGAAUCUCAUUCCGGGGAUCUGUAUGUCGAGGAUUACAGCGACUUCCGCACCGCCAUGGGGCUCCCUCCGAGCCACGAGUUUACAACGGAAGGACGUUAUGGUUGUGCUGCCGUUGUGCUCUUCCAUCUCGAGCCCGAAGGGAAACUGCAUCCCCUAGCUAUCACACUCGACCACAGAGGUACCAUCCAGGCUUCAGUGACCAUCUUCAACCGCCGUGUCAGCUCGGCAAUUCCAGGGGAUGAGUACUCAGACUGGCCGUGGCGUUACGCGAAGAUGUGCUCUCAAGUCUCGGAUUGGCUCCGCCAUGAAGUUGCUGUCCACCUCGUGUAUACACAUCUCGUCGAAGAAAUCAUGAUUGUUUCUGCCCAUCGCACGCUCGACCUUGACCACGUACUCUUCAAGUUGCUGGAACCACAUUGGAGCACCACUCUCUCGCUGAACGCAGCAGCCCGCGAAACUCUCGUCCCCAAAAUCAUCAUUGGGAUGACGGGCUUCACGGCAGAGGAAACCUAUGCCUUCCUCAAGACAUCGUACAAUAAUUUCAACUGGACAGACCACUAUGUCCCCAAUGAUCUGCGGAAGCGCGGCUUCCCACCGGAGGACCUGGACAAGCCCAAGUACCACAACUACGGCUACGCACGCAACAUUGCCCGCACCUGGGAGAUUCUGCGAAAGUUCGUCAGCAAGGUAUUGACAACUGCGUAUCCGGGUGGCGACACCCAGGUCGCAAAUGACCCAUCUGUUGCUGCCUUUUGUCAGGAGGUCCGCUCUGGCUCUGGAGGCCAGCAACCCAGCUUCCCUGAGAUCAAGACGUUGGAUGGGUUGAUUGACUUUGCGACCAUGUGCAUCCACGUCGCAUCGCCACAACACACCGCGGUCAACUACUUGCAGCAGUAUUACCAGACCUUCGUCCCCAAUAAGCCAUCGGCCCUCUGUGCCAGACUUCCCCAGUCGUUGACGGAGCUCCAAGCGUACGGGGAGCAGGAUGUGUUGUUGGCCCUUCCCGUCCGUCGGCAACGAGAUUGGCUGAUCAUGGCUCAGGUGCCUUAUCUGUUGUCAUUUGAGAUGCUCGACGACCAAACGAUCCUCCAUUAUGCGACGACGACCUGCAAUGCAUCGUCGACACCAGAAAUUAUUCGUGAUGCCGCCAAAACACUGAAGGAAGACCUCGAGGCGUUCCAGUAUACCGUUUCGCGGUAUAGCCAGGAGCUUGAUGAUCAGAAAACGCCGUAUCUUGUUCUGGAUCCAAGCAAGACUGCAAUAUCGAUUCUUAUAUGA